ACUAUCAACAUUUAACACCGUCAAUUUAUCUUUUAUGUUAAAAACACAAAAAUCUACACGAAGAAUGCAAUAUUUUAAAUGCUCAUGAGUACAAAAUCUGAGUAUGAGAAAGAUAAUGGGCGAUGAUGACAUGCAGAAAAAUGGAGAGGCAACUGAAAGGAAAAGGGAAAUAGAAGAGGACGAUGAUGGUGAUGAUUCCAGUGAUGGCGAGACUCAAUCAGAAUGCAUUGUGCGCCACCUUGCAGCUCUCCUGUGGUCUGCCAUGUUUGCAACUGGAAAAGAUCGGCGAAGCCACGAAGGCUCAAUUUUGACUGGGUCUCUUUGACGAAGUAUCUGACAUCAAAAUGACUGAAAUAGCCUUGAACCUUUAAUUUUUUUGACGGCAUUCAGGUUCGACGAUAGUGUUGACGACUUCAUUCCUGCAUAAGUGAAAUCGGUUGUGUCAGGGUAAUUUUUGAAAUUCUGCCAAAAUCAGUUUAUCACUUCAAACGUCUGAACCAGAUAGCUGGCCGAGAGUGAAAUAGUGACGAAGAAGAAGAAAUGGCGGCAAGAAUGAACUGUUCCAUACAAAAUAGUCUCUUCUUAUUGAACCCUUUGAAUUCCAAAGCCACAACCCAUUUCAAGAAUCAUCUUAAAUUUCGUCAAUCCCUGUUUUCUCUCUCAAAACGAACCAUGUUUUGUUCUUGCUCAACCAAUUAUGAUAAGACUAGCACUGAUCCUUUUGUCCUCACAACCCCUCUUUAUUACGUUAAUGCCCCUCCUCACAUGGGCAGUGCUUACACCACUAUUGCUGCUGAUGCUAUUGCUCGAUUUCAGAGGCUCUUGGGAAAGAAAGUUGUUUUUAUCACUGGCACGGAUGAACAUGGGGAAAAGAUAGCCGCUGCUGCUGCAGCCAGUGGUUCAAAUCCUAGUGAACACUGUGAAGUUAUAUCGCAAGCGUACAAGAUGCUCUGGAAGGAUUUAGACAUUGCAUAUGACAAGUUCAUUCGAACAACUGACCCCAAGCAUGAAGAAAUUGUGAAGGAAUUUUAUUCUAGGGUUCUUGCCAAUGGUGACAUUUACAAGGCUGACUAUGAGGGUCUUUACUGUAUUAACUGUGAGGAAUAUAAGGAUGAGAAAGAACUUCUGGAGAACCACUGUUGUCCAAUACAUCUAAAGCCAUGUGUUGCACGGAAGGAAGAUAAUUACUUCUUUGCCUUGUCAAAGUAUCAAAAACCAUUGGAAGAAAUUUUGACACAGAAUCCAGAUUUUGUGCAGCCCUCUUUUCGUCUAAAUGAGGUGCAAGGCUGGAUCAAAAGUGGCCUAAGGGAUUUUUCUAUCUCUCGAGCAUCUGUUGAUUGGGGAAUUCCUGUUCCUAAUGACAAUAGGCAAACCAUAUAUGUUUGGUUUGAUGCUUUGCUGGGUUACAUAUCAGCUCUGUUGGAGAACAAGGAUCAAUCUAAUUUGCAAACUGCAGUCUCUUCAGGUUGGCCUGCUUCACUGCACUUGAUUGGCAAGGAUAUUUUACGAUUUCAUGCUGUUUACUGGCCCGCUAUGUUAAUGUCCGCUGGACUAACUGUUCCUAAGAAGGUGUUUGGCCAUGGAUUUUUGACUAAGGAUGGCAUGAAGAUGGGGAAGUCUCUGGGAAAUACACUUGAACCAAGUGAAUUGGUCCAUAAUUUUGGUCCUGAUGCAGUCAGAUAUUUCUUCCUCAAGCAGGUGGAAUUCGGUAACGAUGGGGAUUAUUCAGAAGACCAAUUUAUCAAUAUUGUCAAUGCACAUCUUGCCAAUACUAUAGGAAAUCUUCUUAACCGUACUCUUGGCCUUCUUCGAAAGAAUUGCCAAUCAACUUUGGUGGUUGAUUCAGCUAUUGCAGCUGAGGGAACUGCAUUCAGGGACAAUGUGGAAAAGCUAAUUGAAAAUGCUAGGGUUCAUUAUGGAAACCUAUCGCUAUCAUCAGCGUGUGAGGCUGUGCUGGAAAUUGGUAAUGCGGGGAAUUCCUACAUGGAUGAACGAGCUCCAUGGUCACUUUUUAAGCAAGGGGAUGCUGCUUUUGAGGCCGCAGCUAAGGAUCUUGUAAUUAUACUGGAAGCAAUGAGAAUAAUAGCAGUUGCAUUAUCUCCAGUUACACCAAACUUAAGUUGGAGAAUAUAUGAACAGCUUGGCUACUCAAAAGAACAGUUUGACAGCGCUAACUGGAGUGAUACUAAGUGGGGUGGACUAAAGGGUGGUCAAGUCAUGGCUCAACCUAAACCGGUCUUUGCAAGAAUUGAACUGAAAGCAGAAACGGCAGAAGGGAGUGAACCAGCAGCCAAACAGGUUGUGAAGAACAAAGGGAAACCAAAGGCUAAAGCAAUAGCAGAAGCUUAAAAAGUGAUAUAUCUCUGUUUUAAAACCACAGUUUAAAUUCAUAGGAAUUUUGUUUUUGGUCAUUGUUUGACAUUUUAGUAAAUUAGUCCUUGAUUUUAGAGUUUUUAUAGCAAGUUUGAAAAAAAUUACUAAUUUUGUGGCCCUCGAGAGACUAUGUAUCCGUUUUACUUAUUAUUUAAAAUUUAGGCCUGAGAUGUAAACUCCUUCAUAUGGUAUUUCAAUGGGCAUCAUUUUUAUUUUUUGCUCUUA